AUGGAUCCCAUCGACGCCCAUUCCACAGUCCUCGCAGACAUUAUGAUACGCUGCGUGAACUUCAUCUCCACAAUCAAGAGUGCAUCCCUAGUCGACUCGAUGUCAACAUACCUUGAGGCGGUGGAGUUCGACACAGAGCUUCGAGAAUGGGAUGCACAGUUACCAGAGGGUUGGAGACACAAAACCGUGCCGACCGCCAACACAUCGGAGUUCAUAUACGAAGGACACAUCCACCUCUUUGAGGAUAUCUGGCGGGCCAGAAUGUAUACCGAUUACUGCAUGCUGAGCCAGGUUCUGCUAGAACACCAAGCCAAUCUCGCAAUGUUUGCUACCGACGAGACGGUGCAACAAGAAGAAAUUCUGCGUAUCAUCUCUGAGCUGGCCCACGACAUCUGUGCGAGCAUCUCCUGCCAACUCACACGAACCGACGACAUGGAAAAUGGCAGAAGACAGAUUCCGCCCAUGUCCAGCGUGUUUCUGCUCCUCCUGUCCAUUCCGUCGCAGGCAGCGCAAUGGAUGUCCCUGAGUCCAUGCAUCAGUGGUGUAUUCGCAUGCUUGGGUAUCUUGGGGACACCAUUGGAGUCUACCAGGCUCUGGCGAUGGUCGAUUGGUCAAGAUGCAGCGGAGGAAAUGGCUUCUUGGAAAUAA